CGUGAGUGUAUUUCAGUGCACGUUGGUCAGGCUGGUGUCCAGAUCGGCAAUGCCUGCUGGGAGCUUUACUGCCUGGAACAUGGGAUCCAGCCGAACGGGCAGAUGCCCAGUGACAAGACCAUUGAAGGACGAGAUGAUUCCUUCAACACCUUCUUCAGUGAAACUGGAGCCGGAAAGCACGUCCCCAGGGCUGUUUUUGUGGACCUUGAGCCCACUGUCAUUGAUGAGGUGCGCACUGGGACCUACCGCCAGCUCUUCCACCCUGAGCAGCUGAUCACCGGCAAGGAGGAUGCUGCCAACAACUACGCCCGCGGUCUAACAACCAUCGGCAAAGAGAUCAUGCGACCUGUGGGCACCGGCCUUCAGGGCUUACUGGUUUUCCACUUCGGCGUGUGCACCCGGCUCUGGUUCACUCCCCUGCUGAUGGAGCGUCUGUCUGUCGAUACGGCAAGAGUCCAGCUGGAGUUCUCAUCUCCCGCUCCUCCAGGUGUCCACCGGCUGUGGGUGGAGCCUACACGCCAAUUGCUGACCACCCACACCACCCUGGAGCACUCUGACUGUGCCUUUCAUGGUGGAGCAACGAGGCCCAUGCCUACGAAUAUCUGCCGUAGGAACCUCGAUAUCGAGCGUUGCCGUCUUACACCAACCCCUGAACAGGUGAUCAGUCAGAUCGUGUCCUCCCCCAUCACUGCUUCUCCCUUCGCUUCCGAUGGUGCCCUCAAUGUUGAUCUGACAGAGUUCACAGACCAAACUUGGUGCGAAUAUCCCCGUAUCCACUUCCCUCUUGCCACCUAUGCCCCUGUUAUUCAGCUUGAGAAAGGCUUACAUGAGCAGCUCCUCAGUGUAAUCACAAACGCCUGCUUCGAGCCGUCCAAUCAGAUGGUGAAAUGCGACCCCCUCCGUCAUGGCAAGUACAUGGCUUGCUGCUGCUGUAUCGUGGUGACGUGGUGGCCCAAAGACGUGAAUGCUGCCAUUGCCACCAUGCAAAACGCAAAGCGGCUCCAGCGCCAGUUCGUGGACUGGUGUCCCACUGGUUUCAAGGUUGGCAUCAACUACAGCGCCCCACGCGUAGUCCCUGGUGAGACCCUGGACAGGUCCAGAGGGCUGUGUGCAAUGCUGAGCAACACCACCUGCUAUCGCAGAGGCCUGGGGCCUGCGGCUCCCCGACACAAGUUUCGAUGCUGAUGGUACGCAAGAGGGGCCUUUGUUCACGUGGUAUGUGGUGAUGGGUAUGGAAGGGGAGAGUUCUCUGAGGCCAGAGAGGAAAUGGCGGCUCUGGAGAAGGAUUACGAGGAGGUCGGAACUGAUAGUCUGGGAGAGGAGGAUGAAGGGGAGGAGUAUUAAAGUGGCAUACAUUCCCUUGUAUUGAUCUCUGAUCUGUUUUUUUUAUGUCAAAAAGAAUAAAAAUUGUUCAUUGACUAGA